GCUGCAGGUCCUCACUGCUGGAUGAGGCUGCUUGCUGCUUUUUAAACCAGCUCAUCUGGAGGACGGGACUGAAACCAAGGGAGUCACAGCCAUAUUUCCUCUUGGUCUUCCCAGCUAACCUUAUCCAGUCACCCCUGUCUUCUCAGAAAUGGUCUCACAAAUGUAGCAAUCUAUUUGAUGGAGGCUACUUGUUCCUCAGUUACUGGGGAAACAGGGUAAUUUUCCCAGACUGAGGCAAGCAUUCUCCUGAAUUAAUUCCUCACCAAGUUAUCGAGGGACACAGCAGACAAUCCCAGACAGGGUGUGCAGCUACUGCCAGCCAUCAUCUGAGUGGUUCCAAACACUGGGGGGCAUUGAAUGGGAACUGCCCUCCACACCUUUGGUUCUCCUCUCCCACACCAGCCUUUAGAUCUAACAGGGCAGGUGCAUAUUCAUCUAAAGAGUCAUUAAAUCCAUUUGCUUCAAUAGUCAAUUAGAAAAGAAGCAAUUUCUGUUCUCUACCUUUCUUUGAUAACAUUACUGAUGGAGACCAGUGGCCACUGUACAAGGGGAUGUGGAUUGCAGGUCUGGACUCCCUCAUGCUUGACUUGUAUGCACUUGCAGGACUUGAACAAUACUGCUCUGAGAUCUUAUGUGCUCAAACAGCUCCGUUUAAUAUUUCAGCUCCAUCCAUGAGUUACAGUUGCUAUGGAGAUAUAAGUGCUCUUCAAGCCCCCGCGAUGUCCUGUACACCUGCAAGAGCCUCUGACUGUGGGUAUGCCAUGAUACGAAGGACUGCUGAGGCAGACCUCCCACGCCUGAGGAGAUACGAGAUCCCAAUCAAGAGAGUAGCCAGAAACCUGUGCUUGGACCCGGCGCUCAUCGGCGCCAUCAUAUCCCAGGAGAGCCGUGUGGGCCUGCUCCUGGACAACGGCUGGGACCGCGGGCAGCAGAAGUACGGCCUGAUGCAGAUCAGCAGGCAGCAACUGGAACCUUCUGUGACGUGGGAUAGUGAAGAGCACAUAAAUCAGUGCUCAAAUAUCCUGGUUCUUUCCAUUAAUGAAGUACGGGCAAGACAUCCUACCUGGACCUGGGACCGGCAGCUGAGAGGGGGAAUCUGCACCUACCAUGCAAAAAUGGGCAACGUCCAGGUCUACGAGGCGGACCCAUGCAGCAGAGACUACAACUACGUCAACAGCGUGAUUAGGCGAGCCCAGUUCUUUAAGAGAAAUGGGUUCUAGGUCUUAAACCCACCCCACCACGGAGCCUCCCCUCUGCAGACUGGCCCAGCAGUGAUGUAGUACCCACCACAGCCCAGUGCUGUAGUACCCAGAGCAGUUCCUCAGGUCUCCUGGCAGGACCGAUGCUGGUGGCCUUGCCAAUGCCACCUUGCUCGCUCCAGCAAAUCCCAGCCCCCCGCUCGCUGAUGGGCAAGCUCAGCACUGGCUUCCAGGAGAUCCCCAGGGAUGAGAUCCCACAAGCUCAAGCCUUUGACAGGCAGAUGGGGACAGACCAGCAAUGCCUAAAUUUUGAGUGAGGAAGGUGACCCUUCCCGUUCAAAGCUGCACCCGGGGCUGUUUGUGCAUCUCCCAGACAUGGACACAAACAGCUCUCCCUGGGCAUCAGCUGUGCUCUUCCCAUCUGCAUCCACCUUCUUUCCUCUCCAUGGCCAAUGCAGGGGAUGAAUGCCCUGUUUUCCUUGCCUUGGUGCUGCUGGCUAAGGAGCAAUGAAGAGACUUCUCAGUGAGCCUUUGGUCCCUGCAGUAGCUGAGUGUUCUGUAGCCAGCCUUCAGGGGAACAACACUAAACUUGCUUUGGUUGGUCUCCUGAGUCCAUGGCCAUGGUGCAACUGGGGACCUCAUCAGGGCAUCUAUAUGGAAAAUACUGCAAGUGCCACAGCAGGCAAAAUGCCUUUCCAUCAGAGAGCAGCCCUUGGAGCAGGAGUCAGCCCCACACGUACCCAUGCCGGGAGCUGUAUCACAGCAAUAGUUUUGGUAAAAAAACCCACAACUUUUCCUGCUUUAGCUUUGGCACAUUUAUGCUGAGUUUCCUCCAAAUUCAAAAGCAUUUCAGCAUCGGUUUCUCUGCCAGGAAUCCCAGUUUCUGAUAGAAGUAAAUGAGCUCUGGUCUGUUUGAAAGGGAUGGGUCUCUUGGUGCCAAUUUAUUAAUUAGAGAACAAUAAUGAAAACAACAUAGAAAUAAAGAUAAAUGUUAAAUCCCAA